AUGUUUGACGACAGCUUCACUUAUCGCUUUCGUCUACGAAUUCUGAGCAAAGUGUGGAUAAACGUAGUGAGAUUAGUCAGUACGCUACUACUUGCCCUGAAAAGACAGGUGCUGCUCGUUUCAGUGAUGCAUCUGGUGUGGCUCCUGCUAUUCCUAAUCGUCGGAGUUGAAGCUAAAGUUGGAAACUUUAGUCUUUCGGUUGUUCCACAGUCCAUUGUGGCGACUUUCGGCGAACCGGCCACCAUUAGUGUUGAAGCAAAUGGCUACAUACCGGUUCCCUUCGAACUUAAUUUUGGGUGGCCUCAGCAGGAUGCUGUCCAAGUAUUGCCCAAUAGAACGAUCACCUUCGCCAACGGCUGGAAUAAUAAAACUUUCAGCUUGGAGCUGCACCCAUUAAAACAAGGUCGCUUCGUUAUCAAACCCACUGUCGAGCCGGUUGGAUUCGUCGACGAUAGACGCCUAUUUGUCCUGAUGAAAGUUGCGAUGUACAAACCGCUGAUCAUUGUUUCGCUGCUGAUCGGAUGGACGUAUACUGCGUGCUGGUCAGCCGGCUACUAUCCACAGAUCUGGCGCAACUAUCGUCGGAAGAGCGUGGUUGGUUUAAGUUUCGACUUUUUGUACAUCAACAUCAUCGGGCACGUCUGCUACGUGGUGUUCAACGUGUUUCUCUACUGGAACAGUUACGUCGAGGAGGAAUACUACAGGAGGCAUCCACUGGGACUGAACCCGGUCAUCGGAAAUGACAUCGGUUUUGCGGCACAUGCCGUGUUCGGCACCGGGGUCACCAUCUUGCAGUGCCGGAUGUACUACAACGGUGGCAAUUCGGUUUCCAUUCCUGCGAAAGUCAUCAUUGCACUGUUCCUGAUUGCCAUAACCCUAUCAAUGAGCAUGGCCUCGCUUCGGUACAUUCACUGGCUGGACUUUUUAUACGUUAUGAGCUACAUCAAGCUCCUCACGACCAUGAUCAAGUAUUUUCCACAGGCCUACAUGAACUACUGUCGCAAAAGUACAGAGGGAUUCGAAAUUAUGAAUCGAAUUCUCGACUUGGCAGGCGGCCUAUUUGGCAUAUUCCAAAUGCUGAUAAACGCGUGGAACUUUGAUGAUUGGGCGUCUAUCGGGGGCGAUCCGGUCAAGUUUGGACUCGGCAUCUUCUCCAUACUCUUCGACAUUGUAUUUAUUUUUCAACAUUACGUCCUCUACAGGAAGCCCAUACCUACAAAAGAUGUUAAUGUCCCAAUGCUGUUAAGCCCGGUGAAAGUAAUUGUUCCCUCGGAGUGAUCGAACAGAAAAAUU